AUGGACGUUGUCCCAGCCAUGACGAACGCCGUAGCAUCACCUCCUCGUGAAGCUCCCUCCCCUCAGCCUAUUAACCACACACCGUCUUCCAGCAAGAAGAGAAAGCGGCCACCAGCAACUGCAUCGCCGGCGCCAGAAGGAGGAGCCCCACCAGUGCCAGAGGUUAUCUCGUCUCGAGCAGAUCUUUCAUCUCGACCACGACUUUCGAUAUCUCGUGGACCAUAUUUCACUCCGCUGAAAGAAGGCUCAGAGUUCUUCAAAACAGACCCAACUGGAAUCAAUCGCGGCCGCUUUCGAUAUACCCCUGCUGGAAUCAAUCCUCCUGGAUGCUAUCAGCCUUGUCACACUAUCGAAACCAAUCCUACGUCGUACAGGAUCAGCUGGGAGGAUCGCAGCCCGUUCCUUCAUGUCACCAAAGAUGCCCUAGGGCUCCUUGGUACAAAGGGCUUCAGGAGCGCGCGCUGCAACGCACCAAUUCGCGAAGGUCGUUGGUUCAUGGAAAACAUAGUGUUGAUUCUGGGAGAGAGGGCAGCCACGUUCGACUUGGCUGGGGAAGGAGAGAGGCAGCCAUUGAACGGUCCUGUUGGUCUCGAUGGGUACAGCUAUGGGAUACGCGACAAAACUGGUGAAAAAGUCACAUUAUCUCGCCCGCGUCCGUAUGGACGUCCUUUCACUUCUGGAGAUGUCAUUGGCAUGUAUAUCUGCCUUCCUCCACGUCGGCAAGCUGACGAAAAGGACCCUCACGAUCCUGCCCACAUCAAACGCGAGCGUAUAGCUAUAGAUCUCAAGGGUCAGGAAGUCUUCGAAAUUCUCGAAUACCCUCAGUCUAAAGAAAUGAUUGCUUUGAUGGAUUAUUCCGGAAAGUCAUCUAACACAACAUCUGUUCCCUCAAGUAGUACCAAAAAGUCCGCUACUUCCAAGCCAGAGCGACCCACCGUCACCGUCCGUAAGACCUCCCCCGAAUUACGGCCCCUUCCCGUCCUAUCAGACUCUCGCAUUGUCUUCUUCAUUAACGGUGAAUGUCAAGGCGUCGCAUUUCAAGAUCUCUACGACUACCUUCAGCUUCGCGUCACUGAUCCAUCUCGGAAAGCCAAGGAGAAGAAAAGAGCACGGGAAGGUGUUAAAGAGCAUCGAGAGAACCCCUUCGAUGAUGGCUCACUAGGGUACUAUCCAUUCAUAUCCUUAUUCAACAGCGCAUGCGUACGGAUAAAUCCAGGACCUGAUUUCGAUUUCCCCCCACCACCAGACAUGGAUGCACUGGCGAACGGUGUAGCCGUGCCCGAAGGCCAGGAAAGGACGUGGCGCCCUAUCUGCGAACGUUACAACGAAUACAUGGCAGAGCAAUGGGCUCUGGAUGAAAAGGAGGAAGAGGAGGGUAGAAUCGAACUCCUGAAGCUCGCUGAGCAAGAGAAAGAGGAUGCUGAGAAGAAGGCGCAGAGAUUACGGAAACGUCAACAAGCAGAAGCUCGCAAGCGUGCAAAGCAAGCCGCUGUGAGCUCUACUCCAGAACCGGUAUCUGCUGUAACGCAGCCAAGCCCGCUGCGACAUUACACAGCUUAUGGGCUAGAGGAAUUCGUAGAUCGGUCUCCAGCACCACAAGAGGUACAAAGCGCCCAUAGCGAGCCAACUUCAGAGUAUGGAGAUAUAGACGCUGAAAAUACAAUGACGCGCCAUUCCAGCGAAUCACCGUGGCCACAGACGGAGAUGGAUGAUAUUGCAGCAGGGGCUGAUACCAUCGAUUCCUUGAUAGCUAGUAGUGUUUGA